UGUAAAGCGAGAACGGGGGAGGAAGAACCCUAACAGGGCUAGACAUGGCACCGUCGGUAGCGGAUGAUUUGUCUCUCCCCCAUAUUUCCGAUAACGAUCUCAAGCCAUUUUUUGUGCUCCACAAAGCUUCUCCUCGUCAACAUCCUGCUAAAAAAUCAGCAGGAAAGGCUCGUAGAUCCGUUAAGGUUAACUUGUCUGCAUCAUUGGAUAAUAAUCAUGAAGCUGAACUUCUCGAUGAUCAGUCGCACGAGAACUUGAGGAUGAAAAACUUCCACAACACUUGGAUGACAAUUGAAUCAACCAUUAAGGAAUGUAUGCACAACAUGAAUGCUGAUGUAUUCAAUGAUAUAGAUAGCUGGGUCCACAAAUCCUUUGAUUCAAUUUGUUCAAAUGGGAGGCCCGAUACCAACAAAGCCACUUGUUCAUACCCCAUUGUAACCGAUGUUACAGCUAAACAACUUUAUACUGCCCUAGUAGUAAUGAACAACAUGGAAUUUGUUGAUGAUCUUCAGACAUUUGCGGAUCUAGGUGUACAUUUGAACUCCCAUGGUUGCCAUGUGGCUAACCUCUCAUCAGUUGACUUUUCACCUAAGACUGGUGUAGGUGGUUGUUUGAGAAGUUUAUCAAGGCAGAUUUUGAAGGGUAGCAUUGAUUCAGCCGAUAUAUCUGUAUUAGCAUCUUGGUAUAUGGAGAAAGAGAAUUUUAAGCACCCAGUGGUUGUUAUUAUCGAAGACAUGGAUAGAUGCAGUGAACCUGUACUUUCUGAUUUCAUACUCAUGUUAAGUGAGUGGGUGAUUAAGAUCCCAGUGAUUUUAAUCAUGGGAGUUGCAACAAUGCUUGAUGCUUCAAAAAACAUACUUUCUUCCAAGACAGUUCAACACCUGUCUCUUUUCAAGUUCAUUUUGGGAUCUCCAGCUGACCGAUUGGAUGCAAUCAUUGAAGCAGUCCUUGUAAAACCUUGCACUGGUUUCUUACUCGGUCAUAAGGUUGCAGGUUUUAUAAGAAAUUGCUUCUUGAGACAAGAUGGAACAUUGACUUCUUUGAUUAGAGCUGUAAAGAUGGCAAUUGUCCAGCAUUAUCUUAUGGAGCCUAUAAGCUUCACAAUGAAAGGAUUACUUGAUGAACAUACUUCAUUGGCAGAUUCAUGGCCUAGUCAAGCUCUUGAACUUCCAUCUUGUGUGAGGAGACUUUCUGAAACAAAAAGUGAAGUUUGUUUGGGAGGACCAUCAAAAAUGAAGGAAGUGCUGGAUUUGUGGAGCUGUGUGGUUUUGUGUUUGCAUGAAGUGGGAAAGAAUCAUAAAACCACACUGUUGGAUUUGUAUUAUGAAGCAUUGGAUCCAAAGCUUUGCAACAUGAGAGAUUCUGAUUACUUGGAGUCAAAACCUGAUCAUCAAAGGUCUUCAUGGAAUCACAAUAUGAAUGGAGAAUCAGUUAAAAUUCAUAAAGGUGAUUUAAUCGGCCACACAAUCCGCCAAAUAAGGGACCUCUCACCAGUUGCCUUGUUUAAGUUGCUUGAGAAAUGGAAUAAAAUUACAGAUGGUGUUAAUGAGAUUCAUGAGAAAGUAAAGGAGCUUCAGUCACAAGAGAAAUUAGAGAAUAGUAGUUCGAAAGAAACAGCAAUAAGAUCCAGGAGACAAGCAAUUCGAAAUGUUGGAAGUUUUGAUAAGUGUACAACAGCAUUAAACGAGAAAGCUGCUGUAGUUAUGAGUCACAUGGCAAGGGAUUAUAUGCAGCCCAUUGAGUCGAUUCCUUUUCAUGAAAUCGUCUGCUUUACAGAUGUCGACAAAUUACAGGCUGGUUUAUUAGGAGACCCUAGAAAAAGAAUCCAACUUGAUCUACUCGGGGCCCACACCUUCAUCAAGUGUAGUUGCUGCAGCACCAAAAGUGAGAGUUCCCCAAUAUCAACAAUGCAUGACACAACACUAAUGUAUAGUUUGGCUCAAGAGUAUGGUGAUGUUAUAAAUCUGCAUGAUUGGUAUCAAUCUUUUAGAGGAAUAGUUGGUCAACAAACGGUCAAAGACCGAAACAGGUCAAAGGUUUCACCAUCGCCUAAGAAAAGAAAAACUGCCAUUGAACCUCAGAAGAAAAUAACAGAAGCAUCAAUUCAAGCACGAUUUUGCAGGGCAGUAACGGAACUUCAGAUUACAGGACUGCUACGGAUGCCUAGCAAGAGGCGGCCUGAUUAUGUGCAGAGGGUGGCCUUUGGACUCUAAUUCAACUCAAUUUUGUGACAUUUUUUGUAAACUUAUUUAUAAAUGAUGGAUGAAGUAUUUUUGUAGUUUAUUGAAAAUGUUGUAUAAAAUGUAGAAACUAAUGCCUUAUGUUUAUUAUUUACCAAACUCCAACUUUAACUUAAGAACACAAGUCAUAUUGAUCAAAA